AGCCGGCCGAAACUCGCUACGUGGACUGCUCCCAUACUGAUUUCCUUUUUUUUCGGCUCUGUAGUCGCUCUCUGAGUAAUCGCCCGCCGUGAUCGAAAAAUCGCUUGCACAGACCUUAAAAUCGGCCGCUUAGUCUAGAUGUUGCUCGCUCCAAAGCUUUCUAAAAAAAGUUUCGUUUUUGACUUCUUUUGCUGCCCAGAUGACGAGGAUGGUGCUUUCUUCCCUUUUCUCAAUCCACAAAACUGGGGUGGCUUUCAUCGACCUAAUACAAAGCUUUCUUCUCUGCGAUGGAACGGCCACCAUAUACCAUAGUCAAGAGUGCUGAGUCAUCUUCUCUUCCACUUCCGGAUUUUCUUCAAGAUUAUUCAAACCUCUCAAGAUUAGAUUAUAUAGAUGGCGGCGUCUAUUGCUAGCUGCAACUUCAGCCUUUCAGGUCAUUUUCAGUUCAAAGUUAUCAAAAAUUAUUCGGUUCUGUUUCAUUGCUCUAAUAGGUUCAAACCCAGAGAGCAUCCCUCUGUUCUGGUGAUGCCUAAGAAUAUAACUACCUUAAGGAUUGAGAAUACUUUAGGAGCAAGUCAUGAUGUCAAAUGCAGCUUGAUGGAGUAUAUGGGUCUAGAUCCCAGGAUCCACAUACUCAGAAGAACAAGAGGCACAACUAUCACUCAGUGGGGCCUUCGUCGGCCAGAUGGCCCUCCAUCGACCAGAAAGAUAUCAACUCAGAACAUGGUCCAGAAACCAGAAGAACCGGGCGUCCCCGUCGGCCGUGGCUCCGUCGGCCAGCCCCUCGUCGGCCACAAAGAGCUCCCAGAAUCGGAUUUCAUACUUAAUCAUUUCUACAUACUUUGUACUCGGCCCAGUAGUUGUCCAAUUGUAAAUGGGCCUCCCAAGCCCAAGACUUGGGAGCCCAGCCCGCAUUUUCUCUAUAAAUACUCCUCUUGGGAGUAGUUGUAGGGGUUCACAAAUCAUUUAUUGCAAGUAUUUAUUGCACUUCUCUCUCUAGCUUUCACUUCUCUCUAGAAAAUUACUCUAUCACAGCUCAUAUGCCCCAAUAAAUUAUCUGCACUUGAGUGUUGAUAAUAGUGAUGAACAGCAAGGUUUUAUCAUUUCUUGCUGAAACAGCCAAGUCAGCUAAACUACAUAGAAUGGCCAAGCAUCCACACCACACUGAAGACUGCUAGCCUGACUCUUGCUCUAGUCGGUCUGUUUAUCAUCGCAUUGGCAUCUGUUGAUUCUGUUCUAUGUUAUGUAUUGGCUUUGCUUUCAAGAAGGGCAACUUGAUAGGUGGAUUCUUCUCUGUGUUAUAUAUCUUUAUAAACUGAUUUUUUUGUAAGAAUUGUUUUCAUUUGCUUGUUCUUUCAAGAAGUUAUUUAGUUUAUACGUAAUAUAAAAAAAGGUUGGAAUGAAGUAAUAUUCAGC